AUGGACUUCUGGAUUCUGGCAUUCAGAAUUAUUUUCUUAUCAGAAACUACAACUGGAAUUCUGGGAAAUGUCUCUCUAAUUUUCUACUAUCUGUUCUUUUACUGCAGAAAAUGCAUAUUAAAACCCACAGAUUUGAUUCUCAUGCACCUAUUGACAGCCAAUGCCUUGAUCAUUCUUUCUGAUGGAGUGCCCCAAACAAUGGCAGCUUUUGGAUUUAAGAAUUUCUUGGAUAGUUUUGGAUGCCAGCUCCUAUUGUACUUGCAAGGAUUUGGUAGGAGUGCUUCCAUUGGCACCACAAGCCUCCUGAGUGUCUUUCAGGUCUUGACCAUUAGCCCCAGUAAUUCCUGUUGGAAGGAUCAUAAAUUGAAAUUUGAAAAGAACAUUGGCUACUACAUUUUCCUCCUCUGGAUCAUGUACAUGUUCAUAAAUUUCAUUCAUUUUGUAUACAUUCUUGCCAACAAGUAUACAAACAAUGUGACCAGAAUAUGGGAUUUUGAAUACUGCCGCAGUAUAGUGAGGGGAGAAAUUGGUGGUUCAAUUUAUGCAGCAUUGGUGGUGUGCCCUGAGGUCUUCUUUUCUGUGCUCAUGACCUGGUCUAGUGGAUCCAUGAUUGUCAUUCUUUACAGACAUAAACAGAGGGUAAAACACAUCCGCAGCACUCAUGGUUCCGUCAGAAACUCCCCUGAAUCCAGGGUCACCCAGAACAUUCUGAUCCUGGUGUCUACCUUUCUAGCUUUUUAUACUCUCUCCUCCAUUUUAAGAGGCUACAUCGCUCUUUUGUAUAAUCAAAAUUGGUGGCUAAUGUACUUCAAAUCCCUCACUUCUCUCUUUUUUCCAUCUUUUGUACCCUUUCUUCUCCUAUAUCAUUACUCUAUUGUAUCCAAGCUUUGUUUGUUCCGGAAUAGGAAUAAAAAUCAUUUAAUCUCAUUUUAA